CACACUACACAGCAACAGCAUCACCAGCAACAACAACAGCAGCAGCAGCAGCAGCAACAACAACAAGUGUAUAACGGCGACUUGAACUUCACCACAUUCGCUGAACUUUGCCGCUUCUGUUCGAUACGAAAUGGUCCCGCCAAAAUUCAUCUCUUCGAAAAGGAGGCGGAGCAGAGGAAUUUGGUCUACAAACUGCGCACGCUAAUGUCAACAAAUAUAUCCAAGGACGACUACCUUCCAAAGAAUAUCUGUGAGCAGUGCGUGCACAAAGUGGAGCAGCUAUUUGAUUGGCGACAAUCGACAUUGCAGAUUGAGAACAUACUGCAGAAUUAUGCGGACUCGAUGAGAGCGGUGACGGCGACAAUUAAUUUUCAGGACGGUACCGUUAAUAUGGAUAAAAUGACGGUAGCGCAAAAGAAUGCAUACCUUGAGGCGCAUAUGGCAGUGCAACAACAAAUGGCGCAGGCGGCAAUACAAUUUAAACAACAGCAGCAGCAACAGCAACAAACGUCCACGAAUUCCGCACAACAGCAACAACAGAAUUCGCCCACCACCAAUAAUAAUAAUAACAAUAACAACAAUUCGUCGCAGCAGCAACUGCAGCAGCAACAGCAACAACAACAGCAGCAACAACAGCAACAGCAGCAAGCUCAUUACGCCAGCACGAUUAAGGUACCCCAAAUAAGUUCCUCCAGUUCGGGUGGCGCUGAGAGCACUUUCACCGUACCCGACGAUGUGGGUAUGGGUUUCGAAGGCGGCGUACGCGUGCUACAAAGUUUAGGCAGUUGGUCACCGGACAAUGUUACCUACAAUAUACCUAAGCCAAAUCUAAUACCAUUCACCGAACCAUAUGUCGAGGGUGGUUCCAUGCAUCCGGCCAGUCGACUGAAGGCACUGCAACAAGUGCAGCAAGCCUCGUCGGGCGUACGCAAAACGAAUCCAUCUAAAAACCCUAACAACAAAGCAUUCGAAUGCACGGUGUGUGGCAAAGGACUCGCCAGAAAGGACAAGCUCACAAUCCACAUGCGCAUUCAUACGGGCGAGAAACCAUAUAUUUGUGAAGUGUGCAAUAAAGCAUUCGCCAGACGCGACAAACUUGUGAUUCAUAUGAACAAAUUCAAGCAUGUGACGCCAACGAAUAUAGCGCCAUUGGGUAAACGGCUCAAUAAUAUGGUGAAAAAGAAAGAACCCGAACCGGAGGACAAUAAACAAAAUCUGGAAUUGCAAUUGCAACAACAGGCCGUACAAGUGGCCACACAAAAUAUUAUAGUGCAAACAACUGGCGGACAACAUAGUACACAGACCACAGCCAUACCGGGCAUCAUUAUACCGCAUCAUCAUCAACAACAAUUGUCGUGGACUUGUGAAUUAUGUGGACGCAUGUUCUCGAGUCGGGACGAAUGGACAUUGCACGCUAAGAGUCAUCUAGAGUAUUGACAACAGGAACAGGAAAUAAUAGAGGAAACAAAACCAAUAAUAACAACAACAACAGCCAACGCAGCAAAGCAGAGUAGCUUUCAAAC